UUGUUUGACAUCAAAUAUCCUCAAUCGAGUGCAUAUUAAAAGGAGCAUUUUGAAAGCAGGGGUUAACAAAAUACAGGUCAAAAUAUCACAGGACAAUGGGUUGUUUCUCCUUUAAGAAAUCUGGAAUUGACAACAACCCAGGACCAAUGGUAUAGAACAAUGGCAGUAUGCAACGUGUUUCGACCAGUCGAAAUAGAGGAGGGUGUAUGCGGCAGAUAUUCUGUGUAUGGCUGUGAACACAUUUUAUAACCUUGAUUCUCUUUUUACUUUCUUUCUAAACAAGCCUUCAAACUACCUCCACCACAAACAUGCAGGCUGCCAUGGAUAUCACCACCAAGUAUUGCCAUAAGGAGAUGGAGAGCUAUGGGCAGUGUGUGGCCGCUCACCCGUCAACAUGGCAACAGCACUGUCAAGACCUAAAGAUGAAGGUGGCACAGUGUACCUCUUCACACCCUGUGAUCCAGAAGAUCCGGACAGACUGUUCAAAAGAGUUCACAGAGUUUGAACGCUGCUUACUAGAGAACCAGAACUUACCUACCUCCUGUUCAGCACACGUGGCACGCUUCCUUGGCUGUGCCGAGACAGUGGACCUUGCCGGAGUGGCAGUGAACCCGGUUCCUCAGCCCUCUUAGGACCCAGCAGUGACCAUCAUCCAUCCCUCUCAGAGAAGAUAUCUCCAUCCUGCAAUACUAACGCCGGACUGCAAUCAUGGAUAAAUCACUGCCCAUGUCAUAUUGAUAACAUCCUGACUUUGUACAUGAAUAAAGUGGACUCUUGUCCAUGGCUACUUUAGGAUUUGUCAAGAGAACUCAAUGUUAGACAUUUACAAGUUAUUGGGACUGAUUUCUGCCUGAGACUGUCAAGAUUCAAGACAGGUUAUUUCUUGAAUUUAUUUAAUAACUCUUCGAUGCUACAGCUCUCUGACAUACACUGGGACAAUGGGAUUCAGAGCUGUCCUCUUUUCUAUAUGUGAAAAUAUUCACUGGGCAGCAGGUUGUGUGUAAUACAUAUUUAUAACACUGUAGUAACCUCGGGUAGCAGCAUAAAUGGUUCUAUUUUCCUCUACAAUUUAUAUUGAGAAUGAAUGUGUGUAACGGAGUUAGCUUUGCAACCUCACUCCGCAGCAUAUCUGUGCACAACUGCGUGUUAUCCAAGUAUCCCUGGUUUGCGGGGGAGUGGUCUCUUGUAAAUGUUAUUUUGGGUGAAGUUUAUCAUUAAACUCCUAUAUUUCAGUCCUA